UGACAGAGCGCGGCCCGCCCACGUCCGUCCCGGGCACGGGGGUCUACUCUCGUUGUACGAUGUCUUUAGUUUCUGACGUUUUCUACUCCGUAUCACUACGGAUAUAAGUUUCAGUCAGCCCGAAUAUGUGUAGAUAGACCAUUAGUUGUUCGUGGUUGGCGUGUCGAUCUAUAAAAAUUACAGUUGUACAUUUUACUUCUGAGCAAAAUUAAUUAUUAUUCAAGCAUAAUGUUCAACAAAUCCUCCCCGAAAGUUAAAUUUCAAGACCAGCAACUCGACGAUUAUGUAUUAGAGAAUUCAGUACUGAAAAGUAAAUUACAAAGCAAAAUAGACGCACUAUCUAUAAUGAGCAACGAAUUAGAUAAAUGCAGCAUGGAACGAGACCGUUAUAAAGUUUUAGUUGAACAAUUGAAAUCGAAGAAAUUGAUAACUUUGCCAAAUUAUGAUAUUGGUAAUAUGUAUAGAUUUACACCAACAAACACCAUAAGUGGUGGAGACAUGUUAGCAAAGACUAGAGAUCAAAAUAAUAUGCUAAAACUGGAGGUGGAAACUCUUCGCAGUAAACUAGAAGAAGCAACUUUGGACAUAGUGGCUCUUAGGAAACAGUUGCAGAAAAGAGAAACACAUGACGAUGUUAACGGUAUCAGGAAAAUUAAUAAUGCUUCCUCAUACUCCAACAAGGAUUAUGAACAAUUAGUUCAAGAACUGGAGAAAAUACUAAAAAAGUACCAACAAAUUCAACUAGACUACCGAGCCAUGCUUGAUGAGAAAGAAGAACUUAUUUCUGAUAGAGACUACUACAGAAGUAAAGUACAAAGAUUAAACCACCAAAUAAGCUAUAUGCUAUCAAAUAGAGUGAAACCACUUCAAGACAAAGAUUUAGACUCUCCAAAACCAAUAGUAGAUAUAGAUGCUCUAGUCACUGAGAAUAAGUAUUUGAACGAGAGAAUAACGCAGCUUCAAGUUGAGAAAGAGAUAAUUAAAAGGACAUUGGCUAAGUACAAGACUUUGUUGGACAAUAGAAGUAAGAAUGAGACAUUAAACAUCAAGAAAGGAUUUGCUGAUGUUAUGACUCAAAAACAAGUUCGAGAAUUCCUAGACAUCAAUUCUAAAACGGGUUUGAAAAGAACAUCGGCUGCUGAACUGAAAUCUCUUUGUCUGGGACUGUUUGAGGCACUCAAUGAUAAGUCUAUUGCCCUACAACAUCAGAGAAAGACCAACCAAAUUCUAGCCAACAGAAUAACUGAAUUAGAAAAGACCCUAGAAAGUUGGUGCAAUGGUCAAAAGUAUAUUCCAAUAUUUCCAUCUCGAAUGUUACUCGAAGAAUUUUUACCAGAUUCGGGUUCAGUGAAAUCCGAAGACGCAAAAGAUAAAGAAAUUAAAGAGAAUACAAAAAGUGAUAAUAAUAAAAGCAAGUAUUCUGACAGUGAUGAUGACAACAAAGAUUACAGUGAUGGAUCAUCAGAUUUGAAGAGCGAUGGUGGAGAAUUUGGAAUGACAAGUAUAGCUUCAAAAACUGUAUUACCUUUAGAAUUGGAGUUACUUGUAAAGGAAGCUCUAGCUGAACUAAAACCAAUGGGUUAAAGUCAUUAUACAAAAGAUUCGGUUAUGACCAGUGCAUUUAUCUUGCGGACAUACUGCAAAAAAUAUGCGGUGGAAUUACACGCCGUCGAACUACCAGCUAAAAUACAUUAUAGAAAUCGAAAAAAAUUGGGCGAAACAAAUUAUAGUUUUAGUUUUGACUUAAGUACAUAUUUAAACCAAAGAAUAAUUGAAUGUUACAUUCUUAAUUAAGACCUAAGUCAGUAAUCUAGUCUAUUAAAUAUCAAUUAUCUAGUCCAGUUUUAUCCAUUUGCUGUAUUUUAGUGUAUACUAAGUACUGUGUAUUUGAAUAUGUAUGUAUUUAUUUAUUUAAAGGAAAUAAAGAAUUUAUUGUGGUUUAUUAACGGUUGGUUUCAGAAUAUUAUUGAUGUCGCCAAAGACUGACCGGCACUCCAUUCGGCUAAAAAGCAUCAAUUGAGUUUUUAAGAAGCGGCUGUACAGAUUACUAAUUCUGGGCAAUUUUUCUAUUAGGUAUUUAUUAAAAUAUAAACUUUUCGUUUAAUGUGAUAAUUAUACACGGUG